UGAUUAACAUUACAUUUUUGACCCUAGCUCCAUUGCCCCUUCCAUAAUUCUACUCUUGUUGACACGCAUUGCUCUCUAAUACUGUACGUGUAUUUAUUUCUUUGCACCUUUCAUUCUCAUCCCAACGCCUUAUACCUGCAGCUUAUUAGUUAACAAGUAGUUAAGAUGGUAAACUACUGGAAAUCGAAGGUUCUGCCCAAGAUCAAGAAAGUCUUUGAGAACCCAAAAAAGGCAGCUGCUCUUGAAGCUUGCAAGGCCUUCGAUGAAUCUAAGGAGCAAUAUUCGAAAGAGUGUGAAGACAAAAACACAGAUCUUGAGCCCAAAGUUACCCAAAUCUAUCAAGCUUCAUCUACUGAGAUUAAGGCUUUGAUCAAGGAACCAACGGAUGCAGCUGUGAAAAAGCACUCAGCAGCAGUCCAGAAAUUCCUCGACGAGCUUGCUAAGAUCGAUUUUCCCGGUUCAAAAUCGGUAAGCGAAGCAGCGACUAAAGUUGGAGCAGCAUACGUGUCUGGUCCGGUUCUGUUUGUGUUCGAGAAGGUCUCCACUUUCAUACCUGCCCCUGUUGAGGAGGAGAAGAAAGAGGAGGCUGUCCCGCCACCGGCUGAGAGUUGCACAGAGGAGGUUAAAGAGAAGGAGAUCGCUGUGGAGGCGGCUGUUGAGGAGAAAGUUGAAGACGCGCCGCCAGCAGCAGCUGACCCUCCUAAGCCUUGACCAGAGAGAAGAACACCCUAUCCUCCUCAUACUUUCUCAAUGUCUUUUAAGUAUUUGCUACCAAUAUGUUUGUAUAUGUGAUUGAUUUCUUAUUCUUUAUGUGUUGAACUAGCUAUACUCUUCAUAGUUCAUACCCCCUUUUUUUUGUUUGUGCCUAAAGUUUGGGAUUUACAUGGAAACUUUGUUGAAUUUUUUGAUGUUUUGGAUACCAUUGAUUUUUGUAUUA